CAGCUGAUUUCAAUCAUGUCCAACGAGCUGCGUAGUCGCGCGAAAGACGACAGCGAUAACGAGUCAAUAGCGUCCGUAGCAUCAACCGCUGCACCAACUAUUAGUAGAGAAGGAAGGAAGACUGAUAAAAAGCACUUCUUCGAACAUCAAGAAUAUGAAUUUGGUGGUCCAGCUGGUGUCGUAGCUAUGAUGAUUGGCUUCCCACUUUUGAUGUACUACUUCUACAUCUGUAUGCAAGCGAACGACGGAUGGUUCCUCUAUCCUAAGAGUACAGCGGAUGUCGUACCGCUCUUGAAAUACCUUUGGGAGUACGCAAAGGAACACGCAUACCCACACAAAAAAGCAUGGGGAAUAUACCUCGGAUUGAUGACCAUGGAAUUUGUUUUGGCAGUCGUCAUGCCUGGAUUCAAGCAAAAAGGUCUCCCUGUACCUUCAUUGAAGUACAAGAGUUUAGAUUACAACUGUAACGCCCUCAGUUGCUUCUACGCAACAUUGUUGAUUUCAGCCGGUUUGCACCUCACCCACACAUUCCGUCUUAGCGAAAUUGUCGAUAACUUUGGUCCAUUGAUGACAGUCGCUAUCAUUGUUGGAUAUGGUUGCUCUUUGUUGAUAUACGUACUCACCGUCUUAUUCGGCAAACCAUUGCGUAUGUCCGGCAACUUCUUCUACGAUUUCUUCAUGGGUGCCUCCCUUAAUCCACGCCUCUUAGGUGUUGACAUCAAAAUGUGGGCAGAGGUACGUGUUCCAUGGGUUUUACUCUUCGGUAUUGCCGUUAGUGGUGCAUGCAAGCAAUACGACCAAUAUGGUACAGUCAGUCCAAACAUGGCCUUCAUGGUACUUGCUACAGGUCUUUACAUCAACGCAUGUGCUAAAGGUGAAGAAUGUAUUCCACAAACUUGGGAUAUGGCUUGGGAGAAGUUCGGAUACAUGCUCUGUUUCUGGAACUUUGCGGGUGUACCAUUCACAUACUGCUACCCAGUUCUUUAUCUCCUCAACCACCGUCCAGAGGAAUACAGCUGGAGCUGGGUAACUUACACCCUCCUCUUUGGUGUCCUUCUCACUAGUUACACAAUUUUCGAUCUCGCGAUGGCACAAAAGAGUAGAUUCAAAAUGCAACAACAAGGUAUUCACAAGUUUAGAAAGACAUUCCCACAAAUUCCAGGUGCUACACCAAAGAACCCAACAUUUGUUCAAACUCAACAUGGUUCAAAGUUGUUAACUUCCGGUCCAUGGGCUUACGCAAGAAAACCAAAUUACUGCGCUGAUUGGAUUCAAGCUACUUCAUGGGGUUUCUCAACUGGUAUUCCAUUCUUGACAUCACCACCAAUUCCACACUGGUAUUCUGUUUGGUUCUUCAUUGUUCUCGUUCACAGAUGUGGAAGAGACUUUGAGAGAUGCUCACAAAAAUAUGGUGAAGAUUGGGAAGAAUACUGCCGUAGAGUUCCAUAUAAAUUUAUACCAUACGUUUGGUAAAGAUUGUUUAAAAAUUUUGUGAAUUUUAUUUACUUAGAAAUUUGUUUUG